AUGGUGAAUGCUUUAUGUUUUGCUGCACACGACCAAGUUUCAAAACAAUUUACUGAUAAGCACUCCAUUACAACAAAUUUUUUCGCUGGUGCUGCCGCUGGUGCUUGUCAGGCGUUUGUCGUAUCUCCCAUGGAACUGCUUAAAAUACGCCUACAAAUACAAACUGAAGUGGAAAUAUCAAAUUCCCCUUCUGAUAUAGCCAAGAAGAUACUUCGUGAGAAGGGCGUGCGUUAUCUCACUCGAGGUUUUCUUUCGACGCAAGUACGUGAUUGCCCAGCAAUGGGUGUAUAUUUUGCCUCAUUCGAAUACAUUGGUCGUCAAAUUAGUAGCACUAACAACAUUGAGGGGCUUAAUUCUUGGCAAUUGUUACUAGCCGGUGGUGGUGCAGGAAUGCUCUCUUGGUUGGCUAACUAUCCUUCUGAUAUUAUCAAGACUCGUUUCCAAGCUGACGAGAGAUACUCAAAUUGUAAGUGA